CCAUAUGAACACAAACGCCGCAGACAUUUGCCAUACAAGAUAUGACUCGUUUGGCAAUCAAUUAUUAGCUCAACCGAUGCCAGAGACCAGUCGACGAUAGCCGCAGAUUAAGGCCAACAACAAGAGCCUAAAUGCUAUACCAGUUGUGCCAACCCUUCUAUGCCGACAAUCACCACCACUUCCAGUGCCGACACAACCAAUAGGUGAACAACACGUGCGAUGAACAAUGACAUCCAAAUGGUGGACACAAUGCGGGCGAUAAACACCGGCCAAACACUCAGUGAUCAACAAUUGAUCAACACUUCAAUCUCGAAGAUGAAGACCAGCCAACUAUCGAUUCCACACAUCAAACAACUUAUUGAUCCGACGGUCAGAACCGCACAAAACACCGCCGAAGACAUGAUUGGAUGUAAAGGACGGGCCGACAGUCGGUCGGAUCCGUCGCUAAACAAUAUACUGGACAACGACUAUCAAUUGUUGGCAACACUUGUAGACGACUGGCCAUCACGUGUUGUGUGGUUGAUGCCGAAGACGCGCAGAUCCGACGGUCAGAGCAUUGGUAUUAAAUUUGGUGACAAUUUAGAGGCAAACCAUUUGAAGACAAUAGUAAUGGAGAGAAGACUCGACUUAUUUGAACAGUUGUCUGAAUGCAAGCCAUCGCCAGACUUGCCAUCAGAUACUGGACUCAAGACAAUUGAAACUCACGAAGAGAUUCGGGAACGAGAAUAA